AUGUUUAAGCUAAACCCUCUGAGCAAGUUGAUAUUUCUGAGCAUUCUUAUAGCAAUUGGGUUCCUGAAUAUUGUACUCAGCUGUGCAUUAUAUGAUAAUUGGCUUCCACUCAUCGAUGUUGCCAUUUUCCUUAUUGCCCCGCUGCCCAAUGCUUUAGGACAGUCGCUGUCGAGCGCAUAUGAGGCCGAUUUCCUAUCGGAUUCCCACGAAGAGAUGCCAAUCAAGGAGUUCUUCAAGUUUAUCACAGGAUUUCUUGUUAUUAGUGGUAUCAUCUUUCCCAUUAUACUCUUCCACUGCCAUCUGAUCACUCACUGGAGUUUAAUUCUAAGUGUCGUGGGAGGUUUCAUUAUAUAUCUUAGCAUUGUGCUCUUCAUUGUGGGUUUCAAAGAGGAGCCAGACGAGUAUGAUUUCUGA